AUGACAGAGAAUGAAACACCUGAUAUAGAGACCAGGAAUGUAGAUUCUAAUCACAGUGAAUCAUCCAUGACAGAGAAUGAAACACCGGGUGUAAAGACCAGGAAUGUAGAUUCUAAUCACAGUGAAUCAUCCAUGACAGAGAAUGAAACACCUGAUAUAGAGACCAGGAAUGUAGAUUCUAAUCACAGUGAAUCAUCCAUGACAGAGAAUGAAACACCGGGUGUAAAGACCAGGAAUGUAGAUUCUAAUCACAGUGAAUCAUCCAUGACAGAGAAUGAAACACCUGAUAUAGAGACCAGGAAUGUAGAUUCUAAUCACAGUGAAUCAUCCAUGACAGAGAAUGAAACACCUGAUAUAGAGACCAGGAAUGUAGAUUCUAAUCACAGUGAAUCAUCCAUGACAGAGAAUGAAACACCGGGUGUAGAGACCAGGAAUGUAGAUUCUAAUCACAGUGAAUCAUCCAUGACAGAGAAUGAAACACCUGAUAUAGAGACCAGGAAUCUAGAUUCUAAUCACAGUGAAUCAUCCAUGACAGAGAAUGAAACACCUGAUAUAGAGACCAGGAAUCUAGAUUCUAAUCACAGUGAAUCAUCCAUGACAGAGAAUGACGUACCUGAUAUAGAGACCAGGAAUGUAGAUUCUAAUCACAGUGAAUCAUCCAUGACAGAGAAUGACGUACCUGAUAUAGAGACCAGGAAUGUAGAUUCUAAUCACAGUGAAUCAUCCAUGACAGAGAAUGACGUACCUGAUAUAGAGACCAGGAAUGUAGAUUCUAAUCACAGUGAAUCAUCCAUGACAGAGAAUGACGUACCUGAUAUAGAGACCAGGAAUCUAGAUUCUAAUCACAGUGAAUCAUCCAUGACAGAGAAUGACGUACCUGAUAUAGAGACCAGGAAUGUAGAUUCUAAUCACAGUGAAUCAUCCAUGACAGAGAAUGAUGUACCUGAUAUAGAGACCAGGAAUGUAGAUUCUAAUCACAGUGAAUCAUCCAUGACAGAGAAUGACGUACCUGAUAUAGAGACCAGGAAUGUAGAUUCUAAUCACAGUGAAUCAUCCAUGACAGAGAAUGAAACACCUGAUAUAGAGACCAGGAAUGUAGAUUCUAAUCACAGUGAAUCAUCCAUGACAGAGAAUGACGUACCUGAUAUAGAGACCAGGAAUCUAGAUUCUAAUCACAGUGAAUCAUCCAUGACAGAGAAUGACAUACCUGAUAUAGAGACCAGGAAUGUAGAUUCUAAUCACAGUGAAUCAUCCAUGACAGAGAAUGAUGUACCUGAUAUAGAGACCAGGAAUGUAGAUUCUAAUCACAGUGAAUCAUCCAUGACAGAGAAUGACGUACCUGAUAUAGAGACCAGGAAUGUAGAUUCUAAUCACAGUGAAUCAUCCAUGACAGAGAAUGAUGUACCUGAUAUAGAGACCAGGAAUCUAGAUUCUAAACACAGUGACUCAUCCAUCACAGAGAAUGAUGUACCUGGUGAAUCUUCAAAACAUGAUGAUGAUGAUGAUCUCCAUAGUGGACCAUGUCAAGCUGUUGUUCAACCAAGUGGUGUACCAUUCAUUUAUUCAUUCAUUUUUGUGCUUUUGUCCAUUUACGAUUCAUCAAGCAGACCUGUUUUUGAAAAGCUGUAG